AUGUACUUCGCGGGGCCCCACUACCUGGCCGCCUGGGACCUCUACGUCGCGUGCCUCCAGCUGGCCACAACUGUGGCCGUGGCCAUUUCGGUGGUCGUCUCCGUCGACAGGAUCUUGCACGCCCUUAAGUACAUCCAGAUCAGGGUCGCCUCUCGCAUCCGGGGACGCAAGCCUGCGCAGAAGUUCAGGUUCAAGAGCCUGCCCGAUGGCUCGGCCUUGCCCCACCUGUACCCCAUGGUAGCCGUGCAGCUGCCCAUGUUCAACGAGCGGUACGUUUGUCAGGACAUCAUCGACGCGGCCUGCAGCCUUACGUGGCCCAAGAAGCGCCUCAUGGUGCAGGUGUUGGAUGACUCGACUGACAAAGAGACCCGGCAGCUGGUGGAUGACAAAGUCAUGGAAUGGCGGGAACGGGGGGUGAACUGUGUCUGCGUAAGGAGGACCGACAGACAAGGCUACAAGGCGGGAGCCUUGAGAGAGGGGCUCGAGCUGCUUUACUGUUACGAGUUUGUAGCUAUUUUCGAUGCUGAUUUCAAGCCCAAGAACGAUUUUUUGCUUCGUACAGUCCCUUACUUGCAAUGCAAUGAUGGCCUCGGAUACGUGCAAACGCGUUGGGAAUUCGACAACCCCGACGAGUCGUACCUCACAAAGGCACAGCAAAUAUCUCUAAACUUCCACAUGAAGUGCGAGCAGUUCGUUCACUCGUCGUACGGAUCAUUUUUCAACUUCAAUGGGACAGCAGGAGUCUGGCGGCGUUCUUGCAUCGACAGCGUGGGCGGCUGGAAUGGACGCACAACUGUGGAGGACAUGGACCUGUCCCUGAGGGCCUACCUGGGAGGCUGGCGUGCCCUAUUUCUGGAGGACACGACGUGCAUGAACGAGCUGCCGUCCUCUUUUUCAGCCUAUCGCAAACAACAGCACCGAUGGACCUGCGGGCCCAUCCAGUUGUGGAGCAGAGCCAGCGCCGCCAUUUGGUCGUCCAAGAUCCCUUUCCUCAAGAAAAUGGAGCUGAACAUCCUCUACUUCUUCGUGAGGAAAUCCGUGACGCACUUUUCGUCUUUGGGCUUCUACUGCCUCCUGGUUCCCCUCACCGUGUUCACGCCCGAGGUUUGCGUACCCAUGUGGGCGCUUGUCCACCUCCCAGUGGCGGUCACCCUGGCCACUUGCUCAUUCACGCCCGGUGGAUGGGCCUACGCCAUCCCCUAUGUCCUCUUUGAAACGCCAUGGGAAUCGUGA